AAGACUCUGCUACUGAUGAGGAUUCAAGUCUUAAGUUAGAAGAUUCUAACACUGUAGAAUAUUUAUCACCUGUAAAUUGUUCUGGGCUUUUAGAAAAAGCACAAGCUGCUAUUUUUUUGUCCCUUGAUGAAUUAUGGAAUACAUCUAACUCAAUAGGUAGUGAUAUAAAUCGAAAACCAAUUGAUCGUUUAACCCCCCAAGCACUAAAACUACUCCCAUUUGCCACAGCUCAAGAAUGUGAAGAAACUGAAGCCCAAGUUCGUGCUGAAUUGUCAUUAUUUGAAGACCAAGUAACUGUUUCAAAUAAUACUGAAAUAGAAAGAAGCUCUGAACCAAUAGCUCAUAAAAAUCAAAAUCUCUUAAAAUGGUGGGAAGAUAGAUGUAUAAGUUUUCCACUUCUUG